UCAGCGCUGGAAAUCUCCCGCAGGACUAUUGCUCCACUUUCCCUCCUAAUAAACGCUCUUCGGCUCCGACGACGCGUGGACUUUUUUUUGGUUUGUUUUUUGAACCAUCCAGAAGACAGUGCCGUGAUGAUUCAUUUGAUAAUCUGAUCUUUAUUUGGAGACCGUUCCCACAGUGGAGGUGCGCACUUUUCAUCGGUGGAAAUGAUCCGUCCAGAUCCAUAAAGAACCCAACUUUGCUUAAUAUGAACUUAUUGCCAAGUGGAAUAUGUUUGUAUCUGUCUGUUGCAAUCUGCUGGCUGACGCCCGAGGUGGACGCGUCAUGGUGGUACAUGGGGACCCUGGGCUCCCAGGUCAUGUGCGACAACAUCCCUGGACUGGUCAACAAGCAGCGCCAACUGUGCCGCCAAAAUCCCAAAGUGAUGCAGGCCAUCGGCGCCGGGAUGAAGGACUGGAUAUCCGAGUGCCAGCAUCAGUUCCGGAACCACCGCUGGAACUGCAGAACAAUGGCCAGGGACCACAACCUGUUCGGACGCCUGCUGCUGCGUAGUAGUCGAGAGGUGGCGUUCGUCUACGCCAUCUCCUCGGCCGGCGUGGUCUACACGCUCGCGCGAGCCUGCAGCCAGGGCGAGCUGGACUCCUGCUCCUGUGAUCCCACCAAGAAGGGCUCGUCGCAGGACGACAAGGGCUCCUUCGACUGGGGCGGCUGCAGCGACCACGUGGACCACGCCGUGCGCUUCAGCCAGGCCUUCGUGGACGCCAAGGAGAGGAAGGAGCGGGACGCGCGCGCCCUGAUGAACCUGCACAACAAUCGCGCUGGCAGGAAGGCAGUGAAGCGCUUCAUGAAUCUGGAGUGCAAAUGUCACGGCGUAAGCGGCUCCUGCAGCGUCCGGACCUGCUGGCUGGCCAUGGCCGACUUCAGACGCACCGGCGAUCACCUCCGGAAGAGGUACAACGGCGCGGUGCAGGUCGCCGUCAACCAGUACGGAACCGGUUUCACCGCCGCGCACGCACACUUCAAGCGGCCCAGCAAGAACGACCUGGUGUACUUCGAGGACUCGCCGGAUUACUGCAUACGAGAUCACGAGUCAGGGUCUUUGGGGACGGGCGGGCGAGUGUGCAACCGGACGUCCCGCGGCGUGGACGGGUGUGAGGUGAUGUGCUGCGGCCGAGGUUACGACACGUCGCGGGUCAGCCAGACCACCAAGUGCGAAUGCAAGUUUCACUGGUGCUGCGCCGUGCACUGCCGAGACUGCAACCAGCAGGUGGACGUGCACACGUGCAAGACUCAGACGUGACGCGGGCCACAAUGCGACACCUAAACUACUGCUCCAGUAAACCGGCCCGGACUUGAGUUUAUACAGUUUGGCUUGUAUUGUACUUCAACUUUCCGGUCUCUAGGGGGCGCCCCUCGCACAAGUAGCAUACAGAACACAUUCACAUUGACUGCUUUUAUUUAAGAUGACGAGGAACGUUUUCUAAACGACUGGACAACUGACAUGUUUAUGAUGAAGUGGGUCAACAUAUAGUUAUGUAACAGGCACUUGUACUUUCACUGUAGACGACCAAGUAAGCAGCCGAUUCUUGUAGCCAACCAUGCAGCUUCAACUCUCGCUAACAAGUGGAGCUCGAACCAUGUUAGGAACGACAUCUGUAACUAUGCACCUUGUCAUAAAAACAUUGAUCUCUCUUUUGUUGUGUGUGUGUGUGAUCAUGGUUCUGACUCGGAUCCGGUCUGGAAGUUGGACCGAC